AUGACUACAAAAUCAACUGUUGGCAUGUUAGUGUGCUUUCUUCAACUCUGUGUUGUAAGUGGUCAGGUAAUAUGUGAGAGGCAAAUGACUGCUGAAUGGCGAGUGGGACCAAAACCUAGCAUAAUAAAAUGGACACCAAGGGAAAACAUCUGCUCAGAUUUUUACACUGAAUGCUGGAAUAUGAAUAAAAGUAUUACUGGUGAAAACUCAGAAGAACAAAAUCUCAAUAUCCCUCAGAUAUGCCCCUUACAGCUUCAAUUAGGUGACAGUCUCUUCAUCUCCUCUGAGCCAUCAUUUCAGUCCUAUGGAAUGAAUUUGGUGAAUGUCUCCAAGGAAGAAUUUAUUAACUGCCCUAAAGCUGGUUUUCUUCAAGAGCAAUUUAUUUUUGUUUGCCAGAUAAGAGGAUUGCACCAAGUUGACCCUGACUGGCUUGGUGUUGGAAUUCAUUACUUUGCAGAGCUUCAUAAGAGAGGCCCACCUUUGUGCAGCAUGGGCCUUCGUCUGAAUGUAACUGUGAAGCAGCAGUUUUGCCAACAGUCUCCAAAUGCACCGUUAUGCUCUGGUCAUGGAAAAUGUCUAAGCCAUGUUUGGGAAAAAGCAUAUACUUGCCAUUGUUUCUCGCAGUAUUCUGGAAGAUUCUGCCAGAAGUUUGAUAUGUGCUCCACUAAACCUUGCCACAACAAUGCCUCCUGCACUGAGAAAUCAGAACUUUCUGGAGAUUCGUAUGAAUGCACAUGUCCUUCAAAAUUUUCAGGUAAAAAUUGUACUGAAGUAGUGGGACAGUGCCAGCCACAUAUGUGUCUCAACGGUAACUGCAGCAAUAUUACUCCAAACACUUUUCUUUGUGAAUGUAACAAGGGCUUUACAGGUCCAUUUUGUGAGGAACCAACGGAUCCUUGUGCACCUCAGCCAUGCCUGCAUGGGGGCACAUGCCGAUAUUUUCAGACUGGAUAUGUUUGUCAUUGUCCUGUUGGUUUUCUUGGUCACAACUGUGAAAUUGAUAUUAAUGAAUGUUCUUCAAGACCAUGUCAAAAUGGAGGUACAUGUAUAGAUUUGCCAAGCGAUGUGGCAUGUACCUGUUUGCCAAUAUUCACUGGCAAGUUCUGCGAGAGAAUAUUGAACUCAUGUGAGUUAUUGCCUUGCUUAAAUAAUGCUACAUGUGUAGCUCAACAGCAGAACUAUAACUGCCGCUGCAUGCCAGGAUUCACUGGAAAGAACUGUGAGGAAGUAAUUGACUACUGCAGGCUGCUCAGCAUCAACUGUCUGAAUGAAGGAUUGUGUCUUAACAUAAUUGGAGGAUUCACUGGAGAUGAAAACCCGUACCUGGAUGGAAUAUCAUCUUCAUUAAAAAGGGACCAUAUGCGAACAGAAGUGUCUCUAAAGGACUUCAGUGUUGCAGAAACACAGAAAGGACAGUGCUAA